UGCGCGGAACAGAAUUUUGCCAACUGACGGCUGUUUACUUUGUUUAAACAUUAAAUUCGCGGAGCGCCAAAAAACGUUAGAGUCACAACAGAAGAAGCAAAAAACCAAAAUUUUGAUGAAUGCCAAAUACAUGUAUAGAUAAAAAAUAGCAUUAUAACCAACAACAAUUUGUUUACAAACAUUGGAAAAGAAAUUCCCUAAAAAAAUGCAAUGCAAUGAAUGAAUAAAUACGUGUUCAAUAAUUAGUUCUGAAUACUGUGCAGCUGUCAACGAUCGUCCAAGGAUAUAACUAUAUAUACAUAAUUUACUACACAAAUAUGAUAUGAAAGAAUAUGCCACAACGCCUUAGCCAAAGUUGCAACUAGAAAAAAAGGGGAAAACUCAGAGAACUGGUUGAAUGGUCGUAAAUGCGGAAUACGAGAGCUUUAACAUAAAUGCAACAAAAUGUCAACCAAAACAAGAUCCGGUCCACAGCAUACGGAGCAGUAUACAAAUCCAUCCUACGAACAGGAAUCCAAUCCUGCGGUCACAGUAACGGGAGGGGGACCGGCAACGGGAACGGGAACAUGCACGAUGACAGCUGUUGUCCCUGUCACAGGCUUAGGAACAGCCUCAGGCUCAGGCUCAACCUCAGCUGUAGGCGAUGUCGACACGACACAUCGCAAAGGUCACAGGCGACAGGAAUCGAUGUACCAGAUGACAGGUCUCUAUUCGGAAGCGAAUAGUGGAGACGAUAGCAGCAUAGAUGCGGCACAGGAUGGAGGAGGAGCACACACAGCUCACACGGGUGUUGCAACCACGAUGAUGUCAACAACAAUGGGAGCAGGAACAACAACAGGAGGAGGAGGAUCAGAUAUGAAUGCCGUACUCAAGUGUCACAGUCGUCAACCAUCAGCGAGUAAAUGCAACAAUGCCGAUCAUCAGCGGGACAAUGAUCAUCAUCACCAUGAUAAUGAUGAGGAUGAGGAGCAGUUUAAUUCGGGAGACUGUGGCAUAUUAAAUUGCCGGCCAUAUGGCAUCCAAAGAUUUGCUAGGAUUAAGAUAUUUGUCUUGCUGCUGUCGCUGCUGGUGAUGAUGCAACAGGCAUUGAGUUCCGGCUACAUUAACUCCGUGAUAACGACAAUUGAGAAACGUUUUGAGAUACCCUCAAGUUAUUCGGGUCUGAUUGCAUCCAGUUAUGAGAUUGGCAACGUCAUAACCGUCAUCUUUGUCAGCUAUUUGGGCAGUCGACGACACAUUCCCGUCUGGAUUGGCAUUGGUGCGGUAAUUAUGGGCAUUGGAUCCCUGGUUUUCAUGGUGCCACACUUUACGGGUGAACCCAAUCCGGGCAUUGCAAUCAAGAACAAGACUAGCGAUAAUAUUUGUCGUAGCGCUCUGGUACGUGACCAGGAUAUGGAUCUGGGUCGACUUUCUAGCGGUCUCUCCAACCAGCCCCUUGCCCCGCAUACCCUGCGUGAGGACAACUGCCUGGAGGGUAAGGCCUCGACAACGGGUCCCGUUCUGCUCUUUGUGCUCGCCCAGCUUCUUCUCGGCUGCGGUGGCAGUCCCCUCUUCACCCUGGGCACCACCUAUGUGGAUGAUCAUGUGCGGACCGAGAGCUCAUCGAUGUACAUUGGCUGCAUGUACAGCAUGGCGGCCUUUGGACCUGUCGUGGGCUUUCUUCUCGGCGCAUAUCUGUUAUCCUUUCACAUGGACUCGCUGUCAUCUACCAUCAUAUCCAUAACUCCCGGUGAUCGUCGUUGGGUGGGCAUGUGGUGGGGUGGCUUCCUCCUCUGCGGUGUCGUACUGCUUGUGGUGGCCGUGCCCUUCUUCUCCUUUCCCAAGGUGCUCACUCGCGAAAAGAAGAAGAUACGAAAGAGUAGCGUUGUGCAACUCGCACUUCCAAAUAACUCGACUGCAGCAGCAGCAGCGACCGAUGAACUGGGAAAGGUGAAGAAGGAGAUUGUGGCGGUGACCAGCAAAGAGGAGGAGGUACAACCGCAGCCCAAGGUGGACACGGGUUAUGGCAAGGAUAUCAAGGAUAUACCGCAAUCAAUGCUGCGACUGGUGAAGAAUCCUGUGUAUAUUGUCACCUGCCUGGGAGCCUGCAUGGAACUGAUGAUUGUAUCCGGCUUUGUGGUCUUCCUGCCCAAGUAUCUGGAGACGCAGUUCAGUCUGGGCAAGAGUCAGGCGAACAUCUUUACGGGUUCGAUUGCCGUACCCGGUGCCUGCAUUGGCAUCUUCAUCGGCGGCUGCAUCCUCAAGCGAUUCCAGCUUAAACCCAAAGGUGCCGUUCAAUUUGUACUCAUCACAAAUGUCAUCUGCUUGGCCUGCUAUGCAAUGUUGUUCUUUUUGGGCUGUGACAAUCUCAAAAUGGCCGGAACAACAAUACCGUAUUACACAAAGCAGGGUUCGACUUUGGAGCAACCAUUUCAGGUGAAUUUAACAGCCGCUUGCAACUUUGGAUGCGAGUGUCUGACCGGCGAAGUGGAACCCGUUUGUGGCAACAAUGGAUUGACCUACUUCAGUCCCUGUCAUGCCGGCUGCACUGCCUUCUCCUCCAGCUCCAACUAUACAAAUUGUGCAUGUGUUCACGCUAACAUUUCAAGCAGCAUUUAUCGCGGCGCCGGCGGCAGUCAAGCUCAAGCUCUCAGCGCCAACGAAGACUUUGCCGAGGUGACCGUGGUGCCGGUAGCCACAGCUGGACCUUGUGCCACACCCUGUCGCACCAUUUAUCCAUUCCUCAUUCUGCUCUUCUUCAUGACAUUCGUUGUGGCCUCCACACAGAUGCCCCUGCUCAUGAUUGUCCUUCGCUCCGUUUCGGAGGAGGAGCGCUCGUUUGCUCUGGGCAUGCAGUUUGUCAUCUUUCGAUUAUUUGGUUAUAUUCCUGCACCCAUUGUAUUCGGCAAUCUCAUUGAUUCUACCUGCCUGCUCUGGAAGUCAUCUUGUGGCGAGAAAGGCGGUCGCUGUCUCAUCUACGACAUUGAAAAGUUCCGCUACAAAUAUGUGGGUCUCUGUGCCGUUGUCAAGUUGGUUGCCUUGUGUAUCUUCAUCGUGGAUUGGUGGCUCGUGCGCAGGCGCAAGCAGCUCGAGAAAACGAAACCUCUGAAUGCCACUGAUCCCAUUAUUGGCUCUAUCAUCAGCUUGGAUAAAUUGUUUGAGGAGAAGCUAUCUGGAAGUGAGCCAAAUACUGGAUUCGUGGGCGGCAAUGGAGAUUUGAUAAUACCAACUGAAAUAUUGCGACACUCACGAAAUGAUUCACGCACCAUGCAACUGGAGUAUUGCUACGACAAAUGCGGACAGGUGUUGCCAGCAGCAAACACUUGCCACAUGCCGCAGACAAAGUCGAAGAAGCACUUUCGCAGUGCCUCGUGUGAUGUGAAGAUGAUCAGAAGCUUUGCCAAGGAUCACAAUGUGCCUGUCAAUGCGGCGGAUGCGGCAGGCGAUAAAUACCGGAAUCUAAAGAAGCUGCAAUCGCACACACGCAAUCACUCGACGGAUCUAAACCCCCAUGAUGUGCGGCACAAGACGCUGCGUGAUGAUCCAACGCUACCCAUACGCUUUAUACAGAAUCAGUUGAGGCCACAGGAUUGCGCCGAGGAGGAUGACGAUGAUGAGCUCACCACGGGCUGUGGACACUUUGUGAAGAAGCAUUCACGGAAUCACAGCUACGAUCAGAUUUACAUGCCCAACAAUAUACGCUUCGAUGCUGAUUUCUUGCGGCAUCCACAUCAUUCGCAUCACAGCAAUCCCAAAAAGAAUGUCAAUGUGCUGAAGAACGUUGUGAGCUGUGAUGCCAGCAACAAGCUGAAGAAUUCCAAUGAGACAGAAGCUGCAGCGACAGGCUCACGUUGCCACUCGCGCAACAAUUCCAAGGAUCUAAAUACACAAGCUGCACAGACAUUAUCAGAGCCCACAACUGGACUCAGCAUAUUGCGGCAUCGACGCACCAACUCAAAGGAUCUAAACUACAGCAUAUUGCCCACUGAAAUGACUGCAACUGCAAUUGCGCCAACCAAUGUGGGGACAAGUGCUUUACACAAUCGUGCAGCACAGCAACCACAUCAGCAACAUACACGAAAUACAUCGCAUCACAAGAUACAGAUCGAUGAUGAUCGGAAUGGGCUCAUUAACGACAACGAUGACGACGAGGAAUCAUCCUCGAUUCGUUUGUAGAUGCGCUAGUUGGAAAUGUUCCUGUGCUUAGUGUAGCAAUAAUCAAUUCUCCAAUGUCUCAAGUAACUUUAAGCUGAUUACGGUUUGUGGCACCUGAAAAUGAAGCCUUUACAUUCCAGGCAGUGCAAUAUCCCAAUUCAAUACAACUUCAAUUUUAAUUACAAAUCCAAAUCCCAAUUUGAAGUCCACUCUGAAUAUGCAUCCCAAUGUUUAUGCCCAAGUGUAUGUCUGUCUACAAAUUCCUUAAUGAAUGAAUGAAUUUGACUUGAGCUGCUUUAUUUGUACUUACAACCAAGUGUUCAAUUGUACUUUCCUCAUAGAGAUACAAGUAAACAACAAGAUGAUUCAUCUUUUUUAUACAAAAUCUAUUUUGAAAACCGAUUCACUAGAGUUCGUUCAUAUUUUGGAGCAACAAAUAUUGCUACAAUAGUUAUGAAUAGUUUAAUAGUUUAUUGUGUAAGCAUUAGUAGCAACAGCAAAAACUACAAUAAUAAUUAUAAUAGUAAGAAGAACAUUUUGUAGUUGUUAGCUCGUUGUGAUAGGCAUAUUUUAUAUAAAUUGAAUAUGUAUGUUCCAUUUGGACUGUACUUGACACAACGCAAGUUCAAGUCAAAGUACACAAAAGUUAAAAAUAUUGAAUUUUUAUAAACCGUCUCUUAGAACAGAUCAUGAAAAUGUCGUAGAACUGCUUGUUGUACUGAACCUUAACCUGCUUGAAAAAGACUCUGAAACUGUCUCUCGAUUUCGAAUUAUCCCUGCUGACGGCUUUUACUUACAUUUACUUUACAUUGUGCAAUCUCUAGGUUUCGAAAUAUUAAAGAAAUUUAUUGUGUAUUAACAUUUGGACUGCGUGCACUUUUAAAGAUUACCAACAGAAAAUUUCAACUAAAUUCAUGAUAUGAAUAUUAAUACUAAAUAUUUAUAAAAAAAAAAACAAUUGUCAAUGGAAAUUGUGCUGUGAAAUAAUGUGUGAGUAAAUAAACAAA